AUGACCGCGUACAAUCGGGUUAACGGCGAGCACUUAUCGCAGUCCAAGAAGCUACUCCAGAAGGUCUUGAGACAGGACUGGAAGUGGAAUGGCAUGGUGAUGUCCAACUGGUACGGCGUGUACUCCAUGAAAGAGUCAACUGACGCCGGGCUUUACUUGGAAAUGCCGGGCCCCACCCGCUUCAGGGAGCUUGUGCAAACCUCCCACGUGGUGGUGUGGAAUGAAAUCCACAUGGAAAUCAUUGACGGCAACGUGCGGCACGUGCUCCAGUUUGUCAACGACUGCCUCGGGGCCAAAAUUUCCAAGGCCCAGGCGGAGUCUAAAAGUACAGACCCGGCCGUCAGCCAGCUUUUGAUAAACAACGCUGGCGAGUCCAUUGUGCUGUUGGAGAACGAGGACAACAUCCUCCCUUUGAGCGCCGAAAAGACCCCGGGAAACGAGGCCAUUGCUUUGCUUGGUCCCAACUUCAAGGCAAAGAGAAACUCCACCGGGGGCCCUGCUUGCUUUUCUGCUCGCUACACAAUCACGCCAACAAAACGGCCAAAAGGGAGUGAAUGCCACAUUCCAUGUAAAUGCCCCGGCGCACAACACAGGGGCUUGAUCGAAGAAAGAAGCGUCGCCACCACCAAGAUCGUUUUGUCCGAGUACCGCACCGAGAAGUUGCCUGCCGGUCAGCAAUUGUUCUACGUUGACUUUGAGGGCUACUACAUUCCCGAGGAAACUGUAGAGUACCAAUUUGGCUGCUCGUGUUUGGGCACUGAGCAGAUGUUCUUGGACGGCGAGCUCAUUGUUGACAACAAGACCUCAAAGGUCAAGGGAGACGCGUUUGUCAUGGGGAUGGGCACCCGGAAGAGCGCACAGAAAUUAAGUUGGGAAGAGGCAGGAAGAGGUGGCACGCGUGUGUUUUGGAACCGAGGCCAAGUCCACAGGGCAGGCAGCUUUGGACGAGGCAGGGACGGUCCCAAAAAGGCAGACAAGGUGGUAUUGGUGACAGGCUUGUCAAAGGAACACGAGUCGGAAGGAUACUACGAGAAAAUCGGAACGCAUCCUUCGUACGCGUUUGGCCACGGCUUUUCCUACACCACUUUUGAGUUGGGCGUCCCCGACAUUAUUCUGGGGGAAGACGACGUGCGUGUUUCUGUCAAGGUCACCAACACAGGCAAGGUGGCUGGAGAUGAGGUGGUUCACUUCUACGUGGAACUUACUAGCCCCAAUAUUAUCCGCCCCAAGAAAGAGCUUAAGGAUUUUGCUAAAUCCAAGUGGGCACUGGGCGAGAGCAAGGUGGUGUCGGUGAAGCUUCCAACGCUUGAUGUCACUUCAUACUGGAACAGCUACAAGAACAAAGGGCACCUACAAAGUGAUUGUGGGUACGUCUUCCAACAAGAUCACCGGCCCUGUACCCUGACACUGUCGGAUUACUGGGACUGGGACGUGUCUUGA